GUUCAGCGACAGCCUGCCCUAUAAGCGGCGUCGCCUUGCUCUCGCUGGAGGAGAAUGCAAACAAAAGCAGACGUCGCUUCGUUGGCUUGGUCGACAAACGCCGACAGGCAACCUUAACCGCGGCCAGAAAACCAAGAGGAGCUCGGCCGUUGACGAUGGUGACGACGGCGUCCACGUCCAAUUCCAACUCCCGCUGGUCUUAACCCGUCGCUCGAGUUGCUAACGCAGCUGCGGGCCCGAGCGAGCAGAGUCGAACCGAGCCGAGCCGAGGUCAUGUCGUCGGAAGGAGAACUACCGCCGCUGCCUCCGGAGCUGUGGGUGUCGGUUCUGACCUUCCUGGGCCCGGCGGACAUGCAGGCGGUGCGCUGCACGUGCCGAGCCCUGCGCCUGCUCGCCGACCACCCGUACCUGUGGCGGGGCCACACUGUGGUGCUGUCCGACCUCCGACGCUACACUUUCGGCUUCUGGGACACGCUGCGCCGGCGCAAGUUGACCCGCGUGGCCGUGCGCCACCUGCGCCGCAAGGAGUGGCGGCGCCUCGUCAAGUUCUUGCCGACGCUCAGCGCCGUCGCCUUCGUCAACGGCGGCCGGGUCUACAAGCAGAAAUACCUGGACCACCUGCUGCAGUUCGCCGACGUGCGGGAGUUGGCCGUGCGGGACGCCACCUGGUCGGAGCCAAUGCUGGGCCCGGUCCUGAGCGCCCACCUCAGCGCCCAGCUCACCCACCUGAGCGUCUGCAACGUCCGCCUGCGCUCCGCCGCCGACUUCGUCCGCUCCUUGUCCGGCCUCGGCAACCUGCGCUACCUGCUCUUCCACCAGCAGGGGGAGGGCUGCGGACUGGAUCGCGUGCGACCGGUGCCCCGGGAGGACUUCCAUCACAUGAUGAGCAGCCUGCCCAAGCUGACGCACCUCUCGUGGGGCAUGAGGGGCGAGCCCCAGGAGCCCCUGCCCGACGACUACCUGAGCUCCCCGGACCCGCGCCGUCCAGGGUCCCAGUACGGGGGGCCGACCCUGACCAGUCUGGAGCUGGUGGACUACCCCGAGGCCAUCCUGCCCUACAACGCUCUGAGAAGUCUGACGUCCCUGCGCUCGCUGACGGUCCACUACCGCUACAUACGUGACGGCUUGGACUGUCGCCUGGCGUCCUGGCUGGCGCCCCUCAAGCGUCUGGAGACCCUCAGCAUCGUGGGCGGAAAUUCCCUGUCGCUAUACACCAACACCAUCCCAGCUAGCGUGACGCGGCUAACGCUGCGCGUGGCAAUAACGCUGAAGGACUUGGACUCCAUCGCGCCCAAAGUUCUGACCCUGGAGCACCUGGACAUCGAGCAGAACCGCUCCAGCGGAAGCCUGUGCAGACGCAUCCCCAUGUUGUUCCCUCAGCUGCGGACGCUGCGCAUACGGUUCUUCCGCCGCGAGCCCGAGAAGGACCUCCUGAGCCUGCAGCGUCUUCGCCACCUGGAGCGUCUGGAGCUCCUGGUGGAGCGCUCGUUCAUCCUGCGGGACUACCUGAACGGGCACCCGUGGCCCAGCCCUUGCGUCCAGGAGCUCAUCGAUCAGCUGGUGCAGCUGUCGGCCAAUCGGAUCACCGUGGUGACCGCCAUGCGCCACCGGAACCCGCUCAGGGAGUGCAACUGCGUCUGGGAGGGGGACUGAUCGUGGACCGGAACCACACUGACGGGAACCCGGAGAUCCUCGUGAAGCGCCCCCGGAGAUCCUCGUGAAGCGCCCCCGACGACUUUGUCGUGAUGACCCACCUAAACCUAACACAUGCUCACCCACAUCUGCUGGGCCAUGAGGGGCCAGACCACCAGACAGAGAGACUGACUACCUGAGAUCUCUGGACUUGCUCCAUCCUGGUAGGACAACGCAAGACUAGACUGUACAGGACAGGACAGGACAAUGCAAGACAUGAUAAGAUGAUACAGGGACCACACAGGGGAGGAAACGAUAAAACGGGACAAGGGAAGAUGAGCUCGGACUGGACAAUACAGGACAUAGCUGGACAUGGCAGAACCUGGAGGACCUCGUGAACUACCAACAAGACAGUGGUCAUGGAAACAAAACUCAUGAUCGGCCUCUUUUAGCAAUUUAGCUCUUUUUAAAACUGGGGUCAUACUUGGCCAUUUACAGUGGAAUCCCGUUUAUCACGGGCGAUACGGUUCGUUGAGCCAACGUCCGCUAGCUUAAUGCUAACAUAUAAUGUAAAACGCCAUAGGCAAGCUCGUGGAAAUUAACAGAUGAAUUAAUGUUAUGGUUAUUCUAAAGCGCCAAGCAACUGCUGCUUUAACGCACACGGAGCAGCGACGCAUCAAAAUGCGGCUUCAGUGUAGUAAUACACUGACGGUGCGCAACCCUAAACUGGGGAAAGCCCAUUUCAAAACAAAACAAAUAAGCACUAUUGCGGCAUAUAGUGACAGAGCUGUGAGCACGACAUGACAAAUGGACAAAAUUACAGUGAGAGGAAAAAGACAUUUGAUGAAGUUAUUCAGAAAUGGAAGAAAUUCCAAAGGGUUCACAUACUUUUUGUUCCCACUGUAAGUCUUAGGAAAUAAAGUAGCAUUAAACUUGACUGGUGUCAAAUGUGUUAAAAAAAAAAAAAAAAAACUUUUUUUCAUUUCAUUGUGUUAAUAUUGUUAGCUUGAAGCUCCUUAAGAGGAAAUGUAUCAUGUAGAAAGUGUAUGUUGCCUAUUUGAAUUGACGUUUUGGAUUUGUAAUGAGUUCAAGUGACAAGAUUGCGUUUGGACAUGGACGGUCAUGAUUGACCUUGUUGUUUACAGAACACUGCUGAGGUGAAAAGGGUAUUUGAACUCAUGUUUGAACUAUUUCUUCAUGUUUCGGUCAAAGUGAAUAAAUGGAAAAAGACAAAGCCGGGUGGCCGCCCACAUGGUGCAUGCUAUUAUCCUUAAUGUGGAUAGGCUAUCACGUGUUUAGAAACACAAUUCACAUCAUUUUACUACAAUUUGUCACGUAUGGUCAAAUACACAAAACCUUCGUCAACUUUUAGAUUCCUACAAAUAAAAAAGUCUCCACAUAGCCCGUGUAACUCCAAAUCAAUGUUUCAAACAUUGCUCACCAUUUAAUUGUGCCAAGCACAGGACUGUAAAAUAAAAUAAAAUUCAGUGGCAGAAACGGGGUUCUGCCAUUUAUUUAAAAAAAAAAUAAAUAAAAAAAUUAACUGGCAUACAUGGAUUCCUGGUCAGAUUUAUGAAUUGUAUAUUUAUAAAUAGUAAUCUGGGCCAUGCAUAAUUUGCAUGCAAAGUCCUGAACAAAACCAAUAAACAUGAAAUUCACCCAACCAAAUCAACUAUGAAACAACUACUUUACCUUUUGGGCUUGUCCCGUUCGGGGUGGCGACAGCGUGUCAUCCUUUUCCAUGUCAGCCUCUCUCCUGCAUCCUCCUCUCCGCCACCAACUGCCCUCACGACAUCCAUCGACCUUCUCUUUGGUCUUCCUCUCGCUCUCUUGCCUGCCAGCUCGAGCCUCAUCACCCUUCUACCAAUAUACUCACUAUCUUUCCUCUGGAUGUGUCCAAACCAUCCAAGUCUGCUCUCUCUAACUUUGUCCCCAAAACAUCUAAACUUGACUGUCCCUCUGAUGAGUUUAUUUCCAACCCUCUUCCACCUGCUCACUCCUCAAGAGAACCUCAACAUCUUCAUUUGCUCUGCUUCCUGUUGUCUCUUCAGUGCGACUAUCUCUAAUCCUCCACAUCAUGACUGGCCUCACCACCAUUGUCUUCUAAUCCUAGCAGAGACUCUUCUGUCACAUAACAGACCUGACACCUUCCUCCACCUGUUCCAACCUGCUUGGACCCGUUUCUUCACUUCCUGACCACACUCACCAUUGCUCUGGACUGCUGACCACAAGUAUUUCUACUAUCUCUUCUCCCUCCACCCCUCUCAUUCAUGCACAUAUAUCCACCUUUCUAACUGUUCCUCCACCUGCUCCCUGCUUUAACUGCAGAUCACAAUGUCAUCUGCGAACAUCACGGUCCACGGGGCUUCCAGUCUAACCUCAUCUGUCAGCCUAUCCAUCACCACUGCA